AUGAGCGGGAAAUUAUUUUCAAAAAAGUUAAAUAAGUUAAAUAUGAAUCCGACAAACGAUGUCUUUUCAUUUCAGUUAAUGUCUCGAAGAUCCUUCAGUACUAAUCCAGUAUUGCGGCCUGAUUCACUGAACAAAAAGACCAGUCCAUGGUGUGCAGUCGCUCUGUUAUGUCGUAGAACACAUUCUCCUGUAUGUGGCUAUGAUGACAACUUCGGUUAUGGGAAAUUCGAUGAUGUAUGCCAUAUGCUUCAAGUGAACUGUUAUUGGAAAUACAAUUUUGCUCUCGUACCUUCUUGCCGGCCAGUUAUGUAA